AUGGAGAUGGACCAAUUCAACCCCAACAACACCAAGGAGCUCGAGACCGUAUUUCCAGAGCCGCUGAUAUCUCUCCCCAAGUCCGAGGCAGCCCGUCGCCCGACCGUAUAUCGAGGACAUUCCAAUGUCACGUAUGUCUUGCGCUUGAUGUACGCUUUCGCCGAGUCUUGCUUCAGGAUGCCGCGGUGCAGUGUGUUCAGCAGCUCCGAGUUUCUGUCGCUCCAGAAGGAUGGUAUCGCAGCGGUGAUGGUACAAAGAGUUGAGGUGCCACGAAACAUCCCCGACAAUAUGUUGCGCGCCUUGGAGGCAUCGAGUCAGAGCCAGGCGAACGCCAUGCAGGUGUUAACGAAGCGCUUGAGUGCAGCUCAUGAUAACAUUGCCCAGCAGUCCAGCCAAAGCGUGUGGGCGAAUAAUAUGCUCAGUAUAUACGAGGAGUUUCGUCGGUAUGAGAGCGAGUUAGAGGCGACGUUGGGACCUACAGACGGCGAGUCCAAGAGCAGAGUCAAGUUACCACAACGGCAAGCGGACGAUACGGAGAGGCAUAUCAGCAACAUCAGGAUAAUAGCAAACGAGGUGGAUCUUAUCCAGGAACGUCUCAUGCAUGAUGAUGCCCUUUCCAAGGACGAGGCACUCUUGACAGUAUUCAAAGGGAGUGAUGGUUUGGUCAAGCUCAGAUCCAGAGAUGGGAACUACUCCUGCAGCCUUGCCACGGAGCUGUGUACAGAGCAAAUGAAAGAUCGUGAGGAGCUGAAGACCAGAAAGUAG